GAGCCCACACGUGGAAAACAUUGAGUUUUGGAGUCAGCAGUCGCUGAACCUGUGGAGGGACUGUCUGUGUGUUUGUGUUUAUGGCAGAUGACAUUCAGUGUGCAUUUCUGAAUGUGAUAUAUUCAGGUGUAUGUUUGCCUGUGACAUUAUCGCAGGGGACUGGGUAUACUAUUUUCUUUUGGAGUGUGUUUCAUUCGUCAGUUGUUGGUGGGCAUGGGAAGGUGAAAUUUUGCUAAUGUGGGAAAUCUGUGGAUCAUUGUCACCGCCUUGAGUAGUGGAACUGGAAUGCAUUUGGAAGAUAGGAAGGGUGUUCUUCCUUCUUACUCUGGCUUGUCAUUUUAACAUUGGUUACUGAAAGGACUUAACGCACCCUACGAAUUGUGCCCUUGAUGGAAACCAAAUAACGCUGGAAAUAGACAAAGUGACUUGCAGUUUCACGGUGUCCAUUUCCAAUUAAUUGAAACGGAAAAUUUAUUCACUGGCAUGUAAGUCAUUUGGAAGGAAGUUGUAUUGAUAAUAAAGGAAAUCAAACAAGGAGUGUUUGCAUUCAAUUAAAAUAAAAUCAGAAAGACCUGAAAUAAAUCUCAUUUGGUGUAUUUACAAAUGGCAUUUGGGGAGACUCCAGGUCAUCCAUUCCGCUGUGAAAGGUGCAUGUCUGAAGCACAAUCCCUGUCCUGCAAUCAGACAUAUUUACUCGACGUGGUGUUUCAGGGGAAAUGAUUGUAGGAAACGGCCCCUUAAUUCUCUGUAUUUGCUGAUUAGAUUUCAUGGUCCAUUUCCUGUUAGGUGCAGUGAUCAAAGUUGACCAACCCCUGAGGAAAGUUGUCCAGGGCACAACUCAGGGCUCCGUAGAACCACAGAAUCUUGGGGGCAACCCGGCUCCAGCACCCAAGUGCGCAUACGAACAGGGUCUCUGUGUGACGCGUGUGAAAACUACAGUGUGGUGAGCAUGAUUCGCAGACAGGUUAUCGAUUGGGAUCACCUCAAAAUCAGUUAUGAGCAUUAAAGGACACCGAUGCCCAGGUCCCGCCUCCAGGAAUAAGACCCUCCAGCGUCUUGUGUGAAGCCACGGCAUCUGGAUUCCUCAUGCUUCUGGGGAUCAUUCUCCUGGAAAUGGUGGCUCCUUUCUCCCUGUGGAGCGUCUUUCUAAGCAGUGCUCCUUUCUUCCCCCAGGACGCUUUACAUCUGGCACGGCAAGCCUUCUGAUUGAGCACGCCUGGCCUCAUGAAAAGACUAGGGAAAGAAACGGGGCCAAAGGUCACAGUCCUCUCAUUCCACCAUCCUCCUUGAAACCAUCCCAAUUUCAUGGGCCCUGAGGCCAGGGCUGUGUCUUUACACCUCGAGGCCUCGGCACCGGGCCUAAAUUCUGCCCUGUUUCUUACCGUCUAAGACAUUUUGGGAGAAUCCCUAGAGCCAGGAUCUUCGUUCCUGCUAAGCUAGGGAGCCUGCAGACACACCCAAAUUCUGUCCCUCUUAGUUCAGGGAACAUGUCCACUUUCAUCAUCAUUAAAAUUUGCACCAAAUGUGCUAACUGCAAUUCCACCACACAAUGCGUGACCACAAGUGGAGGCAACAUCUCAGAUCCUGAACAAUUGAUGCAAGAAUCCAUGAGAUACACGGCUUAUUUUGGCCUUUUCCCACUGAAACGGGGGCCAGUGUAAACAAUGUUAUACAAUCCUCUGUUUCACUCCCUGUUUUUAAAUCUCUCCGAUGGUUUCUUCUUGAGACACGGCCUCACUCCCGCCCCCCGGGCUUUUCUGCGGGGUAGUUUUCCUUGUUUGCCCCUGUCAAAUUUACAACUUUUUAUUUCCUCCCUAUCAAUUGUUGAUCCAUUAGCACAUAGCUAUGAAAAUAUUAUCACCCAUGCUGUGAGAUACGUUGUUGUUAUGUUCAUCAUUUCUUUAAUAAACCGAAGCUUUUAGUUGGGAUACCUUCUGAUUUCCCAAGUUUUUUCUUUCAUGUUUUCUCAAACUGCCGUCGUACGUCCGAAACCACCGACUAUACAUUGUCAUGACUAUUUCUCUUUUCUGGCAAACAUAAAUUUGGGGAAUGUCAUCGAUUAGUCUCUCGGUGACUACGUGAUUUCCCGAAAGUGUUUCACCCUCUACAUUGAGCGCUGAGUAUCUCCUCAAACUUCAGUGCAUGUUUCUACCACUUGAUGCUUUAUUAUUUGGGAAGCUAGCUUCCGCAAGAGCAUUUCAUGCAAAGACUUGUCUUGUUCCCCACUGGCAGGUAAUUUCACUCGGAUAUAGAAUCAAUAGGCUGGACAUGGAAAGAUUAUCGCUGGAAGGUCUAUUUGAUUCCACGGAUCUCUCCUUUUUUAUUAAGGAAAAAAUACGCGGUGCUAAUUACUAGACUUCAUUGACUAUUCUCAAGUCAGAAAGCGCACUUCUGACUUCCUGCCCUUCAAUCGCUGAAAGGAUGAUGGUAUCUGCCAAAAGCACGUACUUGGAAGUACAUCCCAGCACAAACACGCACACACACACACACACACACACACACACACACACACACACAGAGUUUCACAGGCAAAGAUUUCUUCCCUGACAUUGCUUUACCCAUAAUAAGGCAACAGUGUGGCCACUGUCCUAACCCGCUUACACUCAUAUUACAUGUGCCUAUCAUCCUGAGGAGUAAUUGGAUUCAGGUGUUCUAGAAAUCAUGAUGUGGGCUGUGUCUGUUGAAUUCCCAGGAAUGCAGGGGGACACACCCUGUGACUCAUUCCUUAAUUGAGUGCUGACAUUUGAUUGGUUUAUCUCGAACCGGAUGGGUGGGUGGGGUGUUCGGGGUUGGUGGGGAUGAGUUAUUUAAGGGCUGAUGCGGCCAGAGGGCUCGUCGUUUGAAGACUCUCUCGGAAGAGAUAGCGUCUCUCUGCAACCUGCGGUCCCAGCAGAAAUACCCUGUGAUCCCUGUUCCAGGCGACAUGGAGCACGACUCACUCUACUCGGGGGGUGAGUGGCACUUCAACCGCUUUUCAAAACUCACAUCUUCUCGGCCACAUGCAGCUUUUGCUGAAAUCCAGCGGACUUCUCUCCCUGAGAAGUCACCACUCUCAUCUGAGACCCGUGUCGACCCCUGUGAUGAUUUGGCUCCUGUGGCAAGACAGCUUGCUCCCAGGGAGAAGCUUCCUCUGAGUAGCAGGGGUCCUGCUGCGGUGGGGGCUGGGCUCCAGAAUAUGGGAAAUACCUGCUACGUGAAUGCUUCCCUGCAGUGCCUGACAUACACACCGCCCCUUGCCAACUACAUGCUGUCCCGGGAGCACUCUCAAACUUGUCAUCGUCACAAGUGCUGCAUGCUCUGUACUAUGCAAGCUCACAUCACACGGGCCCUCCACCGUCCGGGCCAUGUCAUCCAGCCCUCACAGGCAUUGGCUGCUGGCUUCCAUAGAGGCAAGCAGGAAGAUGCCCACGAAUUUCUCAUGUUCACUGUGGAUGCCAUGAGAAAGGCAUGCCUUCCCGGGCACAAGCAGGUAGAUCCUCACUCUAAGGACACCACCCUCAUCCACCAAAUAUUUGGAGGGUACUGGAGAUCUCAAAUCAAGUGUCUCCACUGCCAGGGCAUUUCAGACACCUUUGACCCUUACCUGGACAUCGCCCUGGAUAUCCAGGCAGCUCAGAGUGUGAAGCAAGCUUUGGAACAGUUGGUGAAGCCCGAAGAACUCAAUGGAGAGAAUGCCUAUCAUUGUGGUCUUUGUCUCCAGAAGGCGCCUGCCUCCAAGACGUUAACUUUACACACUUCUGCCAAGGUCCUCAUCCUCGUACUGAAGAGAUUCUCCGAUGUCACAGGCAACAAACUUGCCAAGAAUGUGCAAUAUCCUGAGUGCCUUGACAUGCAGCCAUACAUGUCUCAGCAGAACACAGGACCUCUUGUCUAUGUCCUCUACGCUGUGCUGGUCCACGCUGGGUGGAGUUGUCACAACGGACAUUACUUCUCUUAUGUCAAAGCUCAAGAAGGCCAGUGGUAUAAAAUGGAUGAUGCCGAGGUCACUGCUUCUGGCAUCACUUCUGUCCUGAGUCAACAGGCCUAUGUCCUCUUUUAUAUCCAGAAUAGUGAAUUAGGAAGACCCUGUUACAGUGUGUCUAUAGGCAGGGAACCAAGUGCUCUUUGCGUUGAAGACAAGUGAAUUGUGUUUGAAGUAAAAUGUCGUUAAUGCUACUUGGAGCAGAUUAUUUAUUUGUCUCUCUUUGUAAUCAGUCAAUGAGGUUUGACGAAUAUCAAUGCCUAGUGCCUACUCCCAAGAGAUAAGAGCUUCCAGUGUCUUAUGUGAAACCAUGGCAUCUGGAUUCCUCAUGAUUCUGAAGAUAAUUCUCCUUAACCCACAACAUUUCAGAAUCACUGCCAGUGUUGGAAACAGAUAACACAUCAGUCCCUUGCUUUCUCUUUUCUCUUCACUUAAGAAAACUCUCACUUGUACCAAGGAAAAUCCUAUGGUUUACUAGGGAGGAGGAGUUUUUUCAGGAGUGAAAAUGGUGGCUCCUUCCUCCUUGUCAAGUCUCUUCCUCAGGAUUGCCCCUUUGUCUCUCAGUACUCUGUUUUUGAAGCCCGAUAUGCCACCUGGUUGAGCACACCUGGCCUAUGAAGGAAUAAGGAGAAGGAAUGGUUCCAAAACUGUACUAUGCUCAUUCCACCAUCGCUUCUGACACUAUCCUGACUUCAUGAGCCCUGGGUCAGAAGCAGUUUCUUUACACCUGUAGGCCUUGCCUCAUGGCCUAAAUAUGUCCCCAUUUCUUACAUCUUAUAAAUUUUGACAAAACCCUCAGAGCCUAGAUCUUCAUUCUCAUAGGCCAAAAGGAGAUUCACCAGAAUUCUGUCCCUCUGAGACUGCGGGAUAUCUUAGCUUCCAUCAACAUGAAAUUUUGCACCAAAUAUAGUUACUGCAGGUACACCUCACAAUGAGUAAAUGGAAGUUCAGACAACAUCUCAGACUCUGUACAAUUUUUGGCCAAGCUCAUUUGGUUUGACAAUGGUUUUACUGUAUAAAUCAGUUGUGAGAACACUUAGGAUUCAUAUUAUUUAGUCUUUUAAUCAGUCUGUUAUUAUUUUCAAUGUAUUUCCUAGACUUUAGUUUAAUAUUUCUGAUAAACU